UCUGUUCUCUCUUUGGCAUCCAACGCUUCAUCCAACUAUUCAGGGCAAAUCCGCAAGCUGAGGAGAGAGCUGGAAUCCUCCCAGGAAAAAGUCGCCAACCUGACCAUGCAGCUUUCUGCCAACCUAGGCCAGGCUAAUCUGGUAGCUGCGUUUGAGCAGAGUUUGGCUCUGAUGACUGCACGUCUGCAGACACUGUCAGUUUCCUCAGAUCAAAAGGACUCUGAGCUCACCGAACUGAAGGACACCAUUGACAUUUUGAAAGCCAAGAAUACAGAAGCCCAGGAAAUCAUUCAGGGUGCUCUGAGUAAUCCAGACAUCACACCUAAAGAGCUGCUGAUCAAUCGCCAGAACUCCUCAGAGAGCAUCUCCAGUCUCACCAGCAAUACAAGCCACUCAAGUAUGGGAAGUCUCAAGGAGCAGGAGGCCAAGAAGAAGAAAAAGAAGAGCUGGGUGUAUGAGCUGCGUAGCUCCUUCAACAAAGCUUUCAGCAAGAAGGGCGCCAAGGCUGGGCCAUACGCCGACAUCGAAGAGAUUGCCACWCCUGAGUCUUCAGCACCUUCGUCUCCCAAGGUCAACAGUGUUGGAGAUAACCCUCAACAGUCGAUUAAAUCCUCAACCUCUGCAUCAUCAUCAGGACUUUGUGAAGGGGAUGAGGAGGAGGGAGGCGAUAAGGUCGUGACAGAGCUGCGUACAGAGCUGUGGGAGAAGGAGCGUAAACUGACAGACAUUCGUCUGGAGGCUUUGACCUCUGCACAUCAGCUGGAGCAGUUACAGGAGGCCAUGAUCAACAUGCAGAGGACAGUGGAGAGUUUGAAGACGGAGAACGACCAGCUAAAGACAGGAAGUCUGUCUCCCUGCCCGUCUCCUGGACCUUCCAGCUCUGCUUCCCAGUCCUCAGGUCUCACAGCUCUGGGAGGUUCAUCACCUCGGCAGUCUGUGGCCAUGCACAUGCCCAAAAGCUACAGCAGAGGGCUGAGUGAGGGGAGCAGCUCAGAUGUCCACCCUGCAGAUUCCCUCAACCUUUCUUCAAUGAGAGAUGAUCAUCAUGUUAGAGUGGUCGUUUGUGUUGCAGAUUUACGUGUUUUUAAAGACGAGGUUAAACAGCAGGAUUUCUUUAUCGGCACUGUCAGGGUGAAUGGUAGGAUGGAUUGGGUCAUGCUGGAUUCUGCUGUCAGUCAAGCUUUCAAAGUCUACAUAACCAAAGUGGACCCCACCUCCAGUUUAGGUCUUUCUACGGACUCAGUCUACAGCUACAGCAUGGGCCACAUAAAGAGAGUGCUGGGAGGUGAAGCUCCUGAAACUCAGCCGUCUCGCUGCAUGUCUCGAGGCCCCAGCAGCAUCACGGUGGCUCUGAAAGGUUUGAAAGAAAAGUGUGUGGACAGCCUGGUGUUUGAAACUCUCAUUCCCAAACCCAUGAUGCAACAUUACAUCAGUCUCCUCCUCAAACACCGCCGUCUCAUCCUGGCUGGCCCAAGUGGGACAGGUAAGAGCUAUCUGGCAUCCCGCCUGGCUGAGUACCUGGUGGACCGCAGUGCCCGUGAAGUCACAGAGGGCAUCGUGAUCACGUUCAACAUGCACCGCCAGUCAUGCAAGGAUCUGCAGCUUUAUCUAUCAAACUUGGCCAAUCAAAUAGACCGGGACACUAGUGCGUCAGAAAUUCCAUUGGUGGUUAUUCUAGAUGAUAUUCAUGAUCCUGUUUCCAUCAGUGAACUCGUUAAUGGUGCUCUGACAUGCAAAUAUCACAAAUGUCCUUACAUUAUUGGAACAAGUAAUCAGCCAGUGAAGAUGACGGCAAACCACAGCCUACACCUCAGCUUCAGAAUGGUGACCUUCUCUAACAAUGUAGAACCAGCCAAUGGCUUCCUUGUACGGUAUUUACACAGGAAGCUGAUGGAGUCAGAAGAUGAGAGAAACUUGACCAACGAGAACCUCAUCAGGGUGUUGGACUGGGUUCCCAAACUGUGGUAUCAUUUGCACACCUUCCUUGAGAAGCACAGCACAUCAGACUUUCUUAUUGGCCCUUGUUUUUUUCUAUCUUGUCCAGUCACAGUUGAUGAGUUUCGAUCUUGGUUCAUUGAUCUUUGGAACCACUCUAUUAUUCCAUAUUUGCAAGAAGGCGCCAAGGAUGGCAUCAAGGUCCAUGGUCAGAAGGCMGUAUGGGAGGACCCAGUGGAGUGGGUAAGGGGCACUCUGCCGUGGCCGUCUGCACAGCAGGACCAAGCAAAACUUUUCCAUCUUCCUCCUCCGAGCAUCAGCUCUAGCAGCCCCUGUCAGCCCAGCGAGGAGAGGCCUCACAAGGAAACUCCACCCAGCUCCAUGGAGUCUGAUCCUUUGAUGGCAAUGCUUCUGAAACUCCAAGAGGCUGCGAAUUACAUUGAAUCUCCAGACAAAGAAGACCUAAGCCUGCCUAAACUUUGAAAUCAAAACUCACAGUUAGCACCCAGGACUUCUGAUUGAGCAGUGUGCAAUCAGAAAGAGAUAGACCCUUAAUGACUGUAGGGAUGACUUUAACUAUCAUUAUCUACAGGUUGGGAUUACCAUUGAGCUAGUCUAACACAUUCAGUAUUAAAAGUAACACAGUUCACAAGAAUUAAAUGAAAAGUUGUAUUAUGUUAACAGUAUUUAACACUUUAUCACCAUAUUAGCCCUCAACUAUUAGAUUGGUGCUAACAGUUUACAAUGAAAUCCAUUGUUGUGCACUUUGACUUCAGGGGAUUUCUGCAAAAACUUGCACUGUCCAUCCUGUUUUCUCCUCAAGUGCAUCAUGGGAUGUUGAGUCCUUAUCAAAUAGCGCUAUCCUUGAUGUUGUGAACUUGUUUUGGAAAAGAGUAUGACAGCAUCACAAACGCUGUUUAUAACAGUUUGUCGGUACAUAUUCACUGUGCCAAUAUUCGAAGGCUAAUUGUUACUUAUAUGCAAUCUUUAACUCUACAACUCUAGCAGGUAAAAUAUGCCUUAACAGCAAAGACAUUGUUGUCAACUCAACCUAAGUAGAAUUUACUGGUGCUUUCAUUAAUUUUAUCUGAGCAACUCGGUCAGAAUAUACUCUUUCUUCAGCUCACUAUUUUAAUUAUAGUUUACGGUUGUUGUUCUUUUUUCAAAUAGACAAAAAAUAUGAAAUCUGCAAGAUCAUUUUUUAGAUUUUUCUGUGCAAAUAGUGGAUAAUUUUCAGUUUUUUCUAUAAGUUAAAGAGCAUAAUUUGCUGUCAUACUCUUUUUGGAUAAAACAAUUUAUCAGUUUUGAUUUGAAGUCUGAUUUUCCAAGUACUUAACUUCGUUUUAUUUUAUACAAGACAUGCAGCGCCACCAACGCUGCCAUAUAUUUCAGGUAUUAGAUACUACACAGGGAUAUUAUAACUAACACCCUCUUAUAAAAAACAAACUAAUGCUUAUCUAAUCCAAUUCAGAUUGUGAUUUUAUUAUAUUUAUCUAAGAGCAAGCACAUUUGUUUCAAAUUUUUCCCAUUAACAUUCUGUAUAUAGUACAGUAUGUAUAUGCACAUACAGUCAGACUAGGCUAUGGUUACUUUAUCUGCAUUAGUUGGUGCAAAUACCUGAAAUAAACCAAAUAUUUUAAUUUAGCAUUUUGACUGUCAAAAUAGGAAUUUAAUUUAAUCCAUGAAUGUAUAUAGAACACUUUAAAAACUGUAUAACAGUAACAUGUAGUAGGUGCUUUUCAAGGAAGCCUUAUCAAAGUACCACUGCUAAACACUUUUAACCGUGGCUGUGCAGAGUGACUCUAAAGCUGUCUGUGUCAGUUUUACUGGCCACAGUUCACACACGCCACUAACUGACCAGUCACUCAGUAGUCAUUGUUUAGAAAUGUAUGGUGCUCCUUUAAAAAUGCUCCAAACUGUUUUAGGAUUGAUCAAAAGURACAUAGUCGUGCAAAGUAGGUUAGAAAAGAGUAUGGUGUCAUUUCUGUAAAACAUAAAAGAAAUGUGACAUAGAAUGUUAGACCGUAAAGUCACGUGAGAUGUGCGUGGAGUCGAUGUCGUACCGUAUUUAUUUGAAAACGUUUGGGGUACACGGCACAAAACGAGAAGGGGAUAAGUGCGAGAAAAUAAGCAAAACAUUUAGAUACUUAUUAAGUGCUCUGUGCAGAUUUUUUUUCUUUUUUUUGUAAAGAAAAUCUUUAUGGAGUAAUAAAAGGUGUGUGGUUGUGCAAUAUUCCUCAUCCCUAACUGAUCAACACUCAGACAAAACUUUACGUGGAGUAAAUGUUGUAAAUGAAUGUCUGACCACUUUAAUGACAGCUAGUUAAGGAAGUAUAACCAUUUUUUAAAUUUUGUUUUGCAGAUAUUGUUAUUGCUCCUUGCAUAUAGGACUAAUCUGCAGCUCUGAUGGGUAUUCUAAAAACAUUUAAAAACAAGGUGAAUGAAUGAACAAUGUUCAGGAGAAAAGCUACGUCACGUGGCUUCAUUGCUUGUAAAUAUUCCUGGUUUCAGAUGACACGACUGGUCACAGUCCGGUCCCUUCUGCAGGUUCACUAAAGCCAUCAGGUCCAGCUUCUCAUCUCAUUUACUGGUGUUUGUGCCUGUUGCUCUGUAUUAGCUGUGACUUGUGUUUGCCUACUAGUGGAUCAAGACUAUGCAGCAACUUUUACUGGUGUCAGCAAUUGGCAGAUGUCACAGUACUGUUUUCACUUGGUCUUAAGUGAUUUAAUUUUUGCACCAAAAUGCACCGCAAGAUAAAAAAAAAGCUGUUUCAGACGUCGAGACCUAGCCUUAAAGGACAAAUGAUGUGAACACAGGGUUUGUAAAAUGUAGUCAAAGCGCCUAAACGGUUUGAUGGUUUGAGUUUAUGAAUGGAAACAGGAGAAAUGUAACUUCAGUUUGUAUGUGGUCAGAAAAAAUUUGAAAAAGGAAACAUAAAAAGCCUCAUUUGGCAUAAAUUAGUUUUUCAUUUUCAUUUUUGGCAAAGUUGAUUUAGGACAAAUAGAGAUGAUUCUGUGAACUUUGGCCAAUACAGGUUGCUGAAUAGUCAUAUCUUAAAGCUUGUUGUGGACUAUAAGAUUUAAAAAAAAUGUUAUGCUGUAUUUAAUGUCACAUGAUGUGCAACUGUUAAGGGUUUGUAAGUGUUGUAAAUGCAUGUAAACUUGCUGUGUGAUGAGGCAAAAAAAAAACAUUCACAUCAACAUAUUGUUUUAGAAAAUCAUUGUUUUCAUUUUUAAUACGCAGAUAUUUGAUAUUUGUUUUUUCUAAAAAAAUCCUUUGUAAAACUUAAUUUCUCUAUUUUGUACAGAACAUCACUGUAAAGACUGUAAAUACAGCAGGGCAGCAUUCUGGAUGCGGCAACAAUCAUGGAGAAGUGGGGAAAAAAGAUAUAUUUCAUUAGAGUUGGGUCUGAUAUGGAGAAGAGUUUAUGGAGGCUUUCAUCCACUUAUCACUGUUUGUUGAAAAUAAUAAAAUACAUGUCAUCUUAU